AUGGAGUAUCUGAAGGCGGCCGGCAUUUUCAUUGGCAAUACCCCUGCCACCGGCGGCGCCGGGCCCCAGGGUCUACCUGAAGCCAUUGCCAGUCUCCUCAACCCCCAGAUUAUAGCUAGUAAUACCCCUGAGGCGGUGGUUCCUGUCCCUAAUGAGCAAGUAUCGCCCAAAGGCUACAUGCUUUAUCCACAAGCCAUUGUACCUACAGGUACCAUAAGCUCUGUUGAACUUCUGUGUCGCUUCCGCGUGGUCUCUAGCAACUACCUGAACCGCCCAUUCCAACUGGCCAGCAAUCUCUGUAGUAGCAAGAGUGCUCUGCUCACCAACAAUAACAUGAACGAUAUCUGGACCUUCUUUAAUAAGCACUUCUUUAGCGGUAAAGCCCUUGCUCACAUCUAG